CACCACUCCUGACCUUUCCCCCCUACCGCGCCUCGCCUCACCUCGCCUCGGCCAGUCAACCCAACGAACCCCGCCCGCGGCGCCAUGGGCGACGCCACCGCCCCGGCGAGCACCAAGACGGCGGAGCUGGACGCGCCGCUCAGCGCCCUGGGCUUCGAGAUCGAGGAGGUCUCCCCGUCGCGGCUCACCGGCCGCCUCGUCGUCACGGACACCUGCUGCCAGCCGUUCAAGGUGCUGCACGGCGGCGUGUCGGCGCUGAUAGCGGAGGGCCUGGCGAGCAUGGGUGCGCACAUGGCGUCAGGAUACCGCCGCGUCGCCGGCAUGCAGCUCAGCAUCAACCACUUCCGGAGCGCCGCCGCCGGCGACACCGUCCUCGCGCGGGCCGUCCCCGUCCACAUCGGCCGCUCCACCCAGGUUAUAUUAAUUCGUUUCCCCUGCUAUUUUGCCUCUUCUUUUUCUGAAUUGUCAACCUCUUCUCUAGCAGUAGUCGAUCACGCAGAGCUUAAACAAACCAUAGAUCAUGAUUUCGCGUGGAUUCCCUUUGAUUCCACUGUGUUUUUACUGCAACCAACUGAUUAUUAUGCUGUUUUUUUUACUGAAGCAUGCUGUAUGCUACAGAUAAUAGUAUUAUGUUUCAUUGAUACUCUGAAACAACUGUCAGAAUUCCACUUCAUGCUGUAUGCCGCAUUUUUUUUACUGAGUUUGGCAGAUUAAUUAGCAUAAACAAGCCGCAACUUGUUCUGUGCUUAAGAGGAGAAUAAUGCAGUAACAUAUUCUGAUCUCAACACGAAACAUUGAAGGAAUAAUGCAUCUGGUCUAACUAAUAAGCUCACUAACGUGGAAGGAACCGGUAAAGCUAUCUUCUAUAGAUGCAUAUCGCUGUCAAAUCUGAAUGAUGAAAGGAUGCUAGAAAUUAAUCAGAUUAAUAGUGGCUGCUGAAAUGG